AACUACUAUCGUUUCCAGAGGCCGUGUAAUAGUGUUUUUCCCAAAUAUCUAACAAACCGGCUUAUGAAUUUCCAUGAAACUACAGCAAUGAAUGUUUCAAACAUUGGCCUAAUUUUUGGUGGUACAAUGAAUUGACAGAUGUGCUUAAUUAACCCGUUUACUCUUAGAAAAAAGAGGAACUUCUUCCCCUCCUUCAGAGCGUUUCGAAGAAGUGGUACUUAAUCACGUAACUGUGACGCAGAGGUUCCCCCAACCCUCCUUCGGUGUUUACACCUAUGGCUAUCCUAGUACUCCCCCCCCCUCUUCCUUCUUGCCUUCUUUCCUUCAUUCCCAGUGUUAUUAGGCUACCGAGUAAAUCCCUGUUAAGAAAGACUGUGUACUGCACAUAUAAAAUGAGCCGGAAGAGCAAUAAAAUGUUUUAUGGUGGUAGAUAAUGAUUAGAUGGUUAACACAAAUUAUCGAACAUAAUAGAAGAGGUUUAAAACAGGGGUGUGGAAUCGCACUGAGAGAUAUUCUACUCGGACUCCUACAAAUUUUAGAUUUGCGACUAAAAAAAAGAUAAAAUAAAAUAAAAACAUUAGUAGAAAUAGAAAACAAUUUUUUUCCUUGAGAGAGUUUUAUAUUUGGAAUGAUGUUAUUGGGGCAAGACUGGAGCAGGAUUCAGAAAUAAUUUCACCGACUUCGACUCCUACCUCAGAGCCCUGUUAGUACAUCCAAGGUAAUCAUCGGCAGCAGUUGUAGUAGUAGCUCUGAACUAUUUCAUAUAGAUUCGACUUUAGUCAUGGCAAAUAUGUUGCUUUGUCCUCGCCAUUGCAAAACUACAAUUGCGCUGAAACUCUUCACCAUUUACAACAGACAGAAAGAAAGAAACCGCCUGAAAAUUAGUAUAAAUCGGCCAUGUGAACGAGUUGCUGAUGCUAUGGGGAUGACUCCGAACGCUGUCCGAGUGUUGGUGAACCGUGGAAAGAAUCCUCAUCCACCUGCAUCAUCAAAUACGUCGCCUCUGGUCUUUGACAACUUCACCGUUGGUUCCAUUAGGAGACAUGUGCACAGCAUGUUUGCUGCUAAGCGAUUUUUCACUAUUGCCACUUUAGCGGAAGAACUUAAAAUGCUAAAUAUCAUUCCUGAAGAAACAUCUGAGAAGGCAGUAUGGAGAAUCCUCCAUAACAUGGGUUUCCAGUACAAAACAUCCCAGCGGAAAAUGUACCUAAGGAAAGAAACUUUGGACGUCGUUUGCCGCCGAGUUGAUGCUCUACGAUCCCUCCAGCAACAUCGUGAUGAAGGAAGAGAAGUAGUGUAUGUCGAUGAGACGUGGUUUACGACGAGAAUGCAACAUAGCAAGGAGUGGGUGGACACCUCUCAAUCUGUCACCAGUGCCACCUACAGCCGGCAGGUGCCACCAGGAGAAGGAGAGAGGUUUGUGGUGGUAGCAGGUGGUACAGCUAAAGGUUUUGUAGAAAAUUCAUUUUUAUGCUUCCCUGCGAAAAAUAAAACCGGCGACUACCAUGGAGAAAUGAAUUCAGAGAUAUUUAUUCGGUGGCUAACAUCACAGCUCCUGCCGUCGCUUGAGGAUCCUUCGGUGCUGGUGCUAGACAACACCCCAUUCCAUAGCCAAUUGACAGGAGAUAACCGAUGCCCAACAACAGCUACAAAAAAGGAGGAUUUGGUUAACUGGCUCAGGUCUCGAAAAAUACAGUAUCCAGCUCACGCAACACGCCCUGAGCUUCUAAAGAUAUGCAGGGGCAACCGAUCGAAACCAGUUUACAUUGUGGAUAAUAUAAUCCGUGAAUGGGGCCAUGAAGUGUUUCGCUUGCCCCCUGCCCAUCCUGAGCUCAAUGCCAUGGAGCAGGAGUGGGGCUGUAUGAAACGACAGGUGCGCUCCUCGUUGCAGCGGUUUACCCGUGCUGAUCUCUUUGCCAGGCUUGAAGAGGCCAGGCUUGCUGUAACAGGGGAGACGUGGGCUGGCGCUGUCAGGAGAUCAAGAUAUUUUUAA